AUGGAUUGUGGACCUCCGCUCUCUCUGUCACUCCUCUUAAGGGUGUUUAUGAUUUCUGCCACAGCAUCAGCAGUCAACCUUGAAGGAGAACUUUUCAAGGACUUGAUGAAAGGCUACAACAAGAACGUGCGACCCAUAGAGAAGAGUGGUGACAUCUCUAAGGUCGACAUCAAGAUGACGCUCACCAACCUCAUCUCUCUGAACGAGAAGGAGGAGGCCCUGACAACCAGCGUCUGGAUAGAAAUGCAAUGGUGUGACCAUAGACUUAGAUGGGACCAGCCGCCCAGGUCAGCUCUGUAUGGGAACAUCACGUCUCAGUUACGGGUCCCCUCUAAGAGCAUCUGGCUGCCAGACGUCAUCCUGGAGAACAAUGUGGAUGGACAGUUCGAGGUAGCGCUCUACUGCAAUGCCCUGGUGUCUCCUGACGGCUGUGUGUACUGGCUGCCUCCCGCCAUCUACCGCAGCGCUUGUUCCAUCACUGUCAACUACUUUCCCUUCGACUGGCAGAACUGCACCAUGAUCUUCCGACCUCAUGUGUUCUCCGUGUUCAGCUCUCAGACGUACAGCGCCAACGAGAUUGAACUGGUUCUCAAAGAAGAAGAUAACCACACGCUGGAGUGGGUGGAUAUUGACCCAGAGGCUUUCACAGAAAACGGAGAGUGGGCCAUCAAACACCGGCCGGCUAAGAAAGUGAUCAACAGCCAGUUCACAAAAGAUGAGCUGGAGUACCAGGAGGUGGUCUUCUUCCUCGUCAUCCAGAGGAAACCCCUCUUCUACAUCAUCAAUUACAUUGUUCCCUGUGUGCUCUUCUCCUCUCUCUGCCUCCUCGUCUUCUACUUACCUGCCAAAGCUGGUGGUCAGAAGUGCACCAUGUCUAUCGCCACGCUUCUCGGCCAGACUGUGUUCCUCUUCCUCAUCGCUAAGAAGGUUCCAGAGACUUCAAAGGCGGUGCCUCUUAUUGGAAAGUAUUUGAUGUUUGUGAUGUCAGUGACCACCAUGGUGGUGAUGAACUGUGUGAUCGUCCUCAACGUCUCUCUGAGAACCCCGAACACUCACAUAUUGACAGACAAUGUCCGAAAGAUCCUACUGAACAUCCUGCCUCGGCUGCUGAGAAUGCAGAUGAAACCCUGGACACCUAACGAUGACAAAACGUCAGAAACAGUUGGAAAUGGAAACGAUCAGGAUACAAACACCUUAUUUAUGGUCAACAGCCGACGCCGCAGCUCCAUGACCCUCAUCACCAAGGCGGAGGAAUACACGAUGAAAACAGCUCGCUCUGAACUCAUGUUUGCCAGACUCAAAGAAAGAAACGGAAUGGUGAAAACAGUGCUGGAGAGGCUUAACAGCGGACUUGAGGGGGGCACAGCUGAGCAGAUCAGUGCCAGCCUGGCCAGAGCGUCUCCACAGCUGAGGCAGUGUGUGGCCUCCUGCAAACACAUCGCUGAGACUGCAAGGCAACAGAACAGCUUCCAGAAUGAGAAUGAAGAGUGGUUCCUGGUUGCCCGGGUGAUCGACAGGGCCUGCUUUAUCGUCAUGGCCUCUUUGUUUUUUAUCGGCACUAUUGGGAUCUUCCUGAUGGGUCAUUUCAACCAGCCUCCCCUCUCACCGUUCCCCGGGGAUCCUAAGCGGUAUCUCCCUCCCAUGAACAAUCUCACAGAUCCAACCCAGAGCGGGACUGGGGCAGAGUUUUUGGGUUGACACAGAAGUAAAUUCACCAGAUUGUAAUCCCCUUAUCUGACGUGGAAAUCAGGCUUCGUCUGUCAGUGAUCUUUCACUAAUGAGUGCAGAAAGGAGAGAUGAUACAGCUGCGUGUAAUGAGAAUCUUUGGAUUAUCACAAAAAUGCUUGUCGGUGGUGAUAAAGGAUCUUCUGCACAAUUGCAUGAAUACCACGUUUGCUCUGUGA